CGAAACGUUUGCCUACGUUUCGUUGUGAAUGACAAACAGAUGUUUGUUGAUUGCACGUGCGCUGAGUUUUUUUUUUUGUUUAUUAAAACGCAUCUGAAUUUCAUUGCAUAGAUAAAUUGUACAUUGCUGAUAUAUAAUACAGAGAGAAUGGCCAGAAGACCAGAGCAUUCGGCGCCGCCAGAAAUUUUCUACAACGAUGAUGAGGCCAAGAAAUAUUCCACAAACACCCGCAUCAUUGAGAUCCAAGUGGAAAUGGCCGAACGUGCCUUGGAACUAUUGGCGCUCCCGGAUGAUGAUGAGUGUCGCUUGAUUUUGGAUAUCGGCUGCGGAUCUGGACUAUCAGGAAGCGUUCUUGAGGACAGCGAACACAUGUGGAUCGGCAUAGAUAUUUCAAAGUCUAUGCUUGAUAUCGCCGUGGAACGCGAGGUAGCUGGGGAUGUGAUUCUCGGGGACAUGGGAGAGGGAAUGCCCUUUAAGCCGGGUACCUUCGACGGCGCCAUCUCGAUCUCUGCACUCCAGUGGCUCUGCAAUGCGGACAAGUCGUAUCACAAUCCGCACAAGCGCCUGCUGAAGUUCUUUACCACCUUGUUUUCCUGUCUGACACGUACCGCCCGAGCUGUCUUCCAAUUUUAUCCGGAAAACUCUGAUCAGAUCGAGAUGGUCACCUCACAAGCCAUGAAGGCAGGAUUCUACGGUGGAUUGGUUGUCGACUAUCCGAACUCCGCCAAGGCUAAAAAGUACUACCUGGUGCUCAUGACUGGAGGAUCUGCUGAGUUGCCUAAGGCUUUGGGUUCACCUGAAGAGGAACGUCGUGUUAACUACAUCAAGAAACGUGAUGCUUGCCGUGAGGCUCGUGGAAAAGCCCCUAAGAAAUCCCGUGAUUGGAUCCUAGCCAAGAAGGAGCGUCGACGUCGCCAGGGGUUGGAAACCCGUCCUGACACAAAGUACACUGCACGCAAGCGCAGCGGCAAAUUUUAAAUAAAGUUUUUAUAUUUAAUAUUACCAAGCU